GGGUUGUCCUGUGCAGCAGGAUGUAGGUGUGAACUGUGGGGUUGUGGAGUGGGUGGAUGGUCCUUGGCCAGAGAUUCUACAAAGGUGCCUAACCAGGAUUUGGGACAUGUACCAUGAGCAGAACUUGGGAAGGGUGAAUGACAAACAAGCCCAUGAGAAGGAGGUGGCCAAGCUACAUAAGGAAAUUGAUUUCUUGUCAAACAACUACAGCCAGUUGGUGGAAGAUGUAUCCAAGCUAUUUGACUAUCAAGAUGGCAAGAUGUCUCAUGACAUGGACUAUACCAGUCAGGCAAUCAAUGAACUAAAUGAGAAGAAGAAACAACUUGAGGAUCAGGCAAAGAUUGAGUUAAGUAUGGAAAAGCUGAAGCUUGCCAAGGAGCAAAGGUGCAUUCUUCAAAGCCAAGCAGAUAUCAUUCAGAACAUGAGGAAGGCCAUGAAGGAAGUGGAGGGGGACAGGGACCUACUUAAGCAAGAGAAGAAGAAGCUGGAGUAUCUGAUUGCUGAUCUGCUCAAUGCUGGGCAUGCCAGCAAAGAUAAGCUGGAGAGGAUCAAGGCAAUUAUGAAUGAGUGAAGUUGUUGGUGUGUGGGUUAAGUAAUUAGUAGGCCUAUAUAUAUAGCUGGCCUUGGAAUGUCAUGCAUGUUAGGUGUAUAUUUUGGGAAAGUUUCAUGUUCUUUCAAAAUGGUAUGAGGGAGGGAGGUACUGUUAUGGUUUAAGAACUAGUUGGUUUUAUCUAUGAUGUAAUGACUAUUAUGUUAAGACCUACUAUGUUAAGUGAGUACUCAUGCUAAGUUAAGUAA